GGUGCUAUGUGCUAAAUACAGGGGCGGCAGGGGUUAAUUUUGUGUGAGUGUGAUUGAUGCGGGUGGAGAUAGAGGCGUGGUGGAAGUUGUUGGUUGGUUGUUGUUGCGUUAGAUGGUGGCUGCUAGGUUGCGCGUGCUCGUAGGGGGUGCGGCAAGGUGUUUCAGGGGAGGGGGGAAUUGAAGGAGGGAUGUGAAUAAGGGUGGUAAGGGAAUGUGUUUUUUUUUUUUUUUUUUUUACCACCACACCACCAUACCCUCACCACCCUCCUAUCUAACCCCUACCAUAAAAAACACCUAGCCAGUCAGCCACCACCUUGGCACCUUCCCAUCCCUCUACCACCCUUAUUAUGCUAAAAUUAUGUAAUUAAUCAUGAUUAAUAGCUUAAUUAUGCUAAAAUUACUAAAAUAACAUUAUAUUAGAGAAAAAUGAUAAAUCUAUUGCUAUUUAAGAGAUUUAUGGAAAAAUUUUGUUACUCAAAUCUACAUGGCUGCCAAUGAGAAAACCCCUUUUUUUGUUUUUUUUAAAAAAAAUCCUCUUUCUUUGCACGGUCUCUCUCUCUCUCUCUCACUUCCUCAGUUACUUCCCCCCCCCAAAAAUUUCCCCAGUUACGCUCCUCUGCUCGACUUCCGGCAGACCCGCACAGCGCACGGAAGCUGGCCGCUGGAGGCACCGUCCCGCACCGACCUACGACUCGUUGAGUUGUUGUCUCGAAGUCUAGAACUCUCGAAGCUAGAAUUUAGCAUUGAGGAUCAAAAACUGCCUGAAUGCUAAAUUGGUUGGGGUUCCCAUGAAAUUUGAUGAUUAGAGAUGGAUAAGGGAGAGUCAUCGCAACGAAUUUCAGAUGAAGAAUCCUCAUAUUCGAUUCCACGAGGAGGUCCAAUCUUUGUUCAUGACUUUGUAAGCCCCCUCACUAGGGUUUCUGCUUUUGAGUCCGAUGUUUUCCAUGAAUUGGAGAGUUUGAAAGCUGAAUUAGUCUCUGAUUAUACUGAUUUCGAAGAUGAAGAUAUUUCGGUGGAUCAACUUAAGUUAUACAGUGAUGAAGAGUUGGUUGCUGAGGCUAUGAGAAUUGCUUUUCAGGAUGAUGGGGAGGCUAAAACUUCUUCAGACUUGGAAGAAGACCCAUGCAGUUCAGGGGCUGAAGAGUAUCAAACGAUGUUGGAUGCUGAUACAUUAGCUUCCUGUGAGUCCUUUAAUGGCUCUUCAUCUGACACAAGUUACUGUGGAGAAAAAGAUGGCACUAAUGUGAAGAACAGGAAGAGAAAAGCUAAAAAUAAAGCUGGUUCAAAGAAUGGGAGGACGAAGAAAGUGAUUGAUCAUGAUAAGGAAAAACACAGUGACUCGUAUCUUGAGAAAGUGGAGUAUCUUGCAAAAAUCAGGCAGAAGCAGGAAGAAGAAAAGGCAUCAGUGAAACUCCAUUCAUUCAAUUGUGAGAAAGAUAACACCACUGCUCUAUCAUCUGGAAACAUUGAAACUCUGAAACAUCUCGACUCAUCUGGCUGUCCUGCCAAGGUGAAAUGCUCACUGACUGGGAAACAUGGACCAAUUCAAUACCCAGAAACUAUUCUGUGUGUCGAGGUUUAUCACAACAAACAUUCCUGGAAAAAGACACAGGAAUUUCUGGUCCUUGGCAAUCAAACCUUGACUGAGCUGAGGGAUAAGAUUCGUUGUUUAACGGAUAUGGUUAUGCAGAAAGCAAAUACAUAUGAUCCUUCUGGAUAUUUCCUCAUAGAGGAGGUUUUCUGCAACGACACAAGGGAUCCUUCUGCUAUCAACUAUAGUGAGCCAAUUUUUGAUUGGCUUAAGAAUAGCAAGAAAGAGGCACUUGAAAAAUGGAACUCUAUUCUGUCUGGUGUAGGAAAGGGUCGGAAGGUUCCUUUGGACAGCAAGCCAAUAUCCAAAUUGCCUAAUUUUAGAUCAGUUGACAUGCAAAGGACUCGCUUUUGUGACUUGGGAUUCCGGCUUGGCUCUGGGUAUCUGUAUUGUCACCAGGGUGAUUGCAAGCAUGUUAUUUUGAUAAGAGACAUGAGAUUGAUUCACCCUGAUGAUGUACCAAAACGGGCAGCUUACCCUUUGCUUGUGUAUCAAUUGAAAACAGUUUUAAAGAAGUGCUCUGUCUGCCGUAUAUACAAAGCCACAAAGGUGACGUUGGAUGACAAGUUGGCCGGGGAAAAUCCUUGUUAUUUCUGUGAUAACUGUUAUUACCUCCUCCAUUACUCUGAAGAGGGUACUCUGUUGUAUAAUACGUUUCAAGUGCACGAUUAUCUUCAGGAUUACUCCUAAUUGUGGUCUUUCAUAUUCAAUGUGUAGCUGUAUAUUCCUUUUUCCAUCACAUUGAUAAAAACAUUAGCCAUUGAUUGUGAUGA